AGCAUAAUACUCUUUGUUCAAACGUAUACUAGUUGAAAGUUACAUAGUAAAUUUAUUAACCAAGUUUUUGCUGUAUUAUUAUAUAACUCAUCACAGAUCAGUAACCGUGGGGAAUAGCAUAUAUGUAACAUAGUAGUGUCAGGAAACUGCAUAAUGCAUAAGUUGUAAAAAAUAUUAUAUAUGUUGCUAACAUCUCAUGUAAAAUCAACCUUUGAGCAAACUUGUUAUAUUAAAGGAUAAUAACCUUUGUGGUUGUGCAUUGAACAAGCUCAAUUUGAGAUACUGUAUGCAAUGGAUAAGAUUGAACUAGUUGAGAAAAUUGUAAUUGUUCCUGAGACACCAACACCCCCCAAGCGAAUGUUCUUGUCAAACAUUGAUCUCUCCCUUGUUGUUUAUCAAGACUCUGCCUCCUUUUUUGAUCCUCCAAGCAACCAAAUCAACUUUUCUGAGAUCUAUGGAAAACUAUACAGAGCACUUAGUAAAAUGCUUCUGCAUUAUGACUUUAUGGCUGGUCGUCUCCUGCCGAGUUUGGACCAGAAUGAUAGGUUUGAAAUAGAUUGUAACGACGCAGGUAUUGUGGUUGCUGCUGCAAGAACUCACAAAAAGUUAGCUGAAUUUGGAAUGAUUUCUGCACCUAAUCCGAAGCUAAGGGAGUUGGUUUUUUUCUUGUAUGAAGAUGAUGAAGAAGAAACUGAUCUGAAAGAUAAGCCUCUUGCAUCCUUACAGCUGACACAAUUUGGAUGUGGAAGUUUGGCACUUGCUUCUCACUACAACCAUUGCAUACUAGAUGGUAUAGCAAUCAAAGAAUUUGAGGAGAAUUUGGCUGCUUUAACACGGGGUGAUGACCUCAUCAUAGUACCUAAUGCUGAUAGAACAUUGUUGAGAGCUAGAGACCCUCCAAUGAUAAGUCAUCCACAUUUUGAGUAUUCAAAAUCAACUGAGAUUCAAGACUUGUUCACAGUACGUGGUAAAAGCCGCACCAAUUUCAGACAAUCCCUUGCAGAAAACCAAAUUCAUGUGCUUUACUUGUCACCCCAAAACAUCACCAGUUUCAAAAAGGAAGCUCUGAAGAACAAAAACUUAAAGAACGUCUCCACUUUUCAAGUCAUUGCUGCGAAAAUAUGGAAGGCGAGAAGCAUUGCAACAAAUAUGCCAGAGGAUAAGAUAUCAACAAUGCUAUUUCCAGUGGAUGUUAGAAAAAAGGUCGUUCCUGAGCUUCCAGAUGGGUUUGCAGGCAAUGCUUUGGUUCCUGGGUUUGCAAGAGCCACUGUGAAGGAGCUAGUGGAAUUAGAAGAUGGUUGUCACAUAAGGAAAGUGCAAGAAGGGAUUGAAAGGUUGGAUGAUAAGUACAUUAAGUCAAGUCUUGAUUGGUUAGAGGUAAACAAAGGAGUGCCUUGUAUGGAUGACAGUUUCUCCUUGGUGGCAUGGUGGAGAUUGGGGCUAGAGGAGCAAAAUUUUUCCUGGGGGAGAUUAAAAUGUGCCACACCACUUACAGUUAAGCCUGGUUUGGUCAUGCUGUUGCCAGGGCCAGUUGAUAAAGGGGGUCUUAAUGUGUGCCUGAAUUUACCGGAGGAUCAAAUGCAAGAGUUUUGUAGGAUAAUGCUCGAAACUUAGAUCUUAAUUUGUGUUUCGUUGAAUUAGUGCUGGUCAAUGCCAAAAUAAUAAUCAUCCAUGUCCCAAUUUAUGCUUGGAAGUUAUCAAGACAUUCAGUUACAUUUUGUGAGUGUUCUAAUUUUCCUUUUGGAGGUUUAUGAGUGUUCUACUGUUAAACCAAAAAGAUUAAUACUAUUAUUUAGGGGUGAACAUGGGUCGGGUAAAUCCAAUGAACCCGUCCAACCCAAUCCGAUCCAAUAGAAAAAAUGCGGGUUGGAUCGGGCAAUCGGGUUAGCCGGAUGGAUUUUACUACAACCCAACCAAGUUCGGAUCGGAUUUCGGAUUCAGUUCAAAUCCAUCCAACCCAACCCAGAAUCCAUACAUAUAAUAAUAAUUUUUAUAAUUUUACUCAUACUUGAAGUGCUAGUGUCGGAGUGAUGACUUUUUGAAACUUUGAGACUUAAGUAUUUGUAGUUAUUUGUCAUAUUUGAACUUAGAGUAUUUGUUCGUAG